AUGUCUCUUCCAUUUACUGUGAUCGAUAGCUUUACCAAUAAGCCAUUUGGGGGCAAUCCGGCGGCGGUCAUUGUGCUGCCCGACGGACAAUCUCUCCCAGACUCCCUGCUGCAAUCCAUAGCGCUCGAGUUCAAUCUGUCAGAAACUGCAUUCAUCAAGAAGCAGGAUUCGGACGGUUCUUCCGCUGGUCACGCGGGCUUCGGAUUGCGUUGGUUCACCCCGCAAAGAGAGGUGGACCUCUGUGGCCAUGCGACACUCGCAAGUGCCGCAGUUCUCUUCAAAGACCAAUCUCUUGUUCCAGGGGGUGUUGAGGAGAUCCAUUUCUUCACGCGCUCUGGUACGCUGGUGACCCGAAGAGUACCAGGAUCAAAUCAAGUAGAGAUGGAGUUUCCGGUAGGGGACAUCAUCCAAGCGGAUAACGCGAUACAAGCGAUCACCACAAACUCGGUUCUCACUGCCACUGGCUUGUCUGCCGAAAACAUCAAGUUUAUCGGAAGCUGCGAUAUCCAUCCCUAUCACAAGUAUGUGCUAGUCGAGAUAGACGCUGGUGUAAACCUUUCCUCCCUCAAAGUUGUACCCAGUCAUUUAGUAGUACAGGCUACAGAGAAGGCUGUUAUUGUCAUUACCAACCAGGUACGCGCAGAAGACGGUUCCUUGUCUCCCAGUUUCAAUCUGCGCGUCUUUGCGCCUCUCUUUGGGAUCGACGAGGACCCCGUGACUGGUUCGGCGUGCUCAUUCGCUACUAAAUACUGGGCUGAAAAGUCCGGAAUCGGUGCCAACAAACCAUUCCCCGUCCGUCAAGUCAGUGCAAGGGUUGGGGACUUGGAGGUGCUUUGGAACGAGGCGGCGGGAACGGCAAAGCUACGAGGAGAAGCUCGAGUGGCAACCAAGGGGGAUAUAUACAUUAGCCUCUCACUGAAACAAACUCGAUUAUCUGGGCAUACCACAGCACUUAGACACCCGCCUGACGCGGACCUCGUUGCGCGCUCGUUGUUCGUCAUCCUAAAUCAUCUCUAUCACCAUGAGACCACUACAAAGAGCUUUGGCAUCUUCAACUUUGAGGAUAACUCGUGGGCCUCUCAGUCAGAGUAUGCUCCGGCGUUCCUUCAACAGAGACGCUGGGCAUACGGAGGUCUUUUUGCGUCUACAGCUGGACUUCUAGCAUAUGCUGCUCACGACUACUUGUCGCCGACGCUUCGCGCGGAUGCAUCCGACUCGCAAGACGAUGCAUCGUCCAUCCGCUCGGUUCGGAGCGUUCUUCAUGGGAAUAAAGAACAUUCAUACGCCGGGGUUGACGUCGAGUACAUCCUUAAGCGAUGUGAGGAGAGCGUUUUGCUCCCAGGGACCGGUGUAUGGAGAUAUGAUAUCAAUCAAGUAGAGAGCAAUUCGCCGACCGAAGACGAUCACGCCGAAGCUGUCGUUCGCUCACCAGCUGGGACAGACUGGCACUUCUGGACGGUCAUUGACGGCCAUGUUGGCUGGGAGACGAGCAUGGCGUUGUCGCAAAGGCUCAUUCCUUGCGUCAGUGGUGCUCUAACCGGACUCUACCGUAACCCGAGCCCAUCUGGCACAGAGGUGGAUGCAGCCAUCCGAGAUGCAUUUCUGGCUCUCGACGACGAGUUUGUGAACAAGCCGAUCGAAAUCAUCCGCAAGAACGAUUUACGAGGGGAAGCCGCUAAACUGCUCUCCCAAGCGCUGGCCGGUGCGGUAGCACUGCUGGCAUUUUACAACCCUGCUUCGAGCGAGGUAAAGAUUGCUCUUACCGGGGAUUUGCGUGCAGUAAGAGGCCGGAGAGGCGCAAACGGUCAAUGGGAGACGACGGUUCUUACCGUGGAGCAAGAUGGGGACAAUGAGGAGGAGGCAGCGCGGAUUAGGAAGGAGCACCCUAAUGAACCAGAUGUCGUCAAAGGUGGACGCGUAUUGGGCUGGCAACCUACGCGAAUGUUUGGCGAUGCGUCUCUCAAAUGGUCGUUGGAGACGCAAGACAUGAUUCGGAGAAAAUUUUUGGGAAGCAGACCACGGGAUGUGAUCAAGACGCCUCCUUAUGUCAGUGCUGAACCGGUAAUCACCACAACUGACAUCCAGCCCGGUGAUUUUCUGGUGCUGGGGUGUGAUGGCAUAUGGGAGAGCUUGACGAGCGAGGAGGCGGUAAAGCUGGUGGGUACAUGGCUAGAUGGGAAGCACACACAGCAGGAGGGUCCAAAGACAAAGAAAGGUUCUUGGCUUGGUGGCUGGUUUGGAACCAAGACGGGUGGGCCCGUCCGACCUGACCCCAGUCCACAAAACAAGGAGAAAACGGUUCGCUACGAACAAUGGCAAAUUCCCAAGCAGUUUGUCAACGUAGACUCUAAUGCGGCCACGCAUCUUAUUCGGAACUGCCUUGGCGGGGCGGAUACAAACACGAUGCAGGCAGUCUUGACACGGACGGGCUCGCUUGCCCGCAGGCUGAGGCGAUGCAGGGACGACAUGACUGUGACGGUCGUUUUCUUUGGCGAACCCCCAUUGAGCAAGUCGUCGUAG